ACUGAUCCAUCACAGUCGUCGACUGCGGACAGCAUGAUGUCCUCCAAAAUUGACGGGAGCGAGAUGUUGUACAUGGACGAGAUUCACGACGAAGUGUCGAAGCCGUUAACUUCCGUGGACACGCACAUUGUACCAUACAUCCGAUCGCGUGCCGGCUCUCUAGGGGAGACCGAGCUGCCGAAAAUCCCAGACUCGAAUUUGGGACCUGAGCUCAACGAUCUGAACGAGAUCGACGGAAAGCCGAUCGGUUUCGACGACGGAUUGCUGCUGAGACGUCCAUUCUCGCCGAACAACAACGUCGGAAGCCACGAUUUCAUCACCGAGCCGAAGCUCACGCCCGACGUAAACCUGUAUCAGCACAAGAAGACAGUGGCCCAAGGCAUGAUGGACCUGGCACUGUUGUCUGCCAACGCGAAUCAGAUGCGCUACGUUCUGCAGACGGACGGCCAACAUCCAUACUUCUACCCGUCGCUCGCUAUGAUCAGUUUGAGCCUGUUCCUGCAGAUCGCCGUGGGUAUCGGUCUGAUAUGGAAUAGCUACUACAAUGUCAAAGAGCACGAUCAGAUGUGCAAAGCCAACAAAGCGAAUAACUGGACAGUGAUCGGUAUUUUUCUCGUGACGAUACUCAAUGUGUUUAUCUCGUCAUUCGGCGUCGUUGAUCAGACGUCGACGACGCCGACGACCACCGCUGUCGCGUCCGUGUAGCAGUUUUCUCAUGACAAUCGUGCGAUCGUACAUUAUUUAUGUGUGAGAUGUUCCCAGUUUUUAACGAACGAACUUUGGGAACAUCAUACAUAAUUUCUCCUGUUGAGGCUAUCUCAGACACGCUCAAGAGUGCGAGAAGUUGCUCGCACAUGGUAGGAUGGUAUCCCGAGUACUUCAUACUCGCCUUGCCUAUUAGGAUGCCAACCUGAUUCACUUGUUAUUUUUAAUUUCUGCGAUAUAUGUGAGCGUGUGUGUGUGGAAGUUACGUGCGUAUUUUUAUGUUAUUCAUUCAUAGUAUUUCAUGGUAUAUGAUUACACAUUUGUAUUUAUACGGCACUUCUCACGAUAUACAUGAAGAAUAAUUCUCUUAAUUUGCUAUAUCAUAUAAGUUAUAAGUUUAUUUUUUAAGAAAAUGAGACGAUAUAACAAGUUUAAACAUGAUAAAUUGACGGUAUCUGUUCCAGUACUUCUCUCAAUUCCGCCACUAGUUGCUUCUCAUGUUUUUGUCGACUUUCUUCUUCAGCGACCACACAUUUGCUUAUUUCAUCUAACCAUUUUUGCGCUUCAGUAGAGUUACAUCGACAUUUCUUUAAGCGUGACGGCGGAUCUAAUAAGGGUUUCUGCGACUCGCUAGGAAACGUUUUCCCGGACGUCUUUAGAUAUCUGUAUCGUCCGUCAAUUAAGCGACACAAAUAUGAAGUAAAAUGUUCGAGUUCGCUUUUCAUGAUUUUACUGGAGUAGUGUUUCAUGGUUUUUCGAUGUUCUUGGGUCACGAUAGCCUGUAACGCGAAUCGUCGUUAUCAUAGAACGCUAGUGAUAUUGCCCAAGGUUCGAUUGCGCAUCAACUGAAUGAUAAACCAACACUUAUAAUUAGGUCUUCGUUUAUUUUAAAAGAUAUUAUUUGACUGUUAGUUAGCUUACCACACAGUUGAUGUAGUCAUAAAAAUUAAAAACGCGAUGAAUCACCUCGGAUGAGACUCAAAUGCUACUCGAAAUCUUUCAAAGUUUUAGCCACACUUAUCAUUAGAAUUUCUGUCUACGUGUUUAUCAUGUAUUUUUAUAUUAUUUAUACACAUAAUAGUUUCUUUUAUAUUAUUUAUACGUUAUAAUUUAUAUUAUAUUUUAUAUAUUUUA